AUGUCAAUGCAGAGCACAUAUUUUGUUAUUAUUGGAGGGAAUGACCGAUUGUUGUAUGAAUAUCCCAAAGAAAGUUCGAUGAAGUAUGCAUCAGAUAACGAGUAUGUGUUAAACCAAUUUGUGAUCUUGUCUGCACUUGAUUUUAUCGAAGAGAAAAAGAAAAGUUCGUCUAAAAUGUAUUUCAAAACGAUUGACGUCUACGGCUCACAUCAUCUCUCUGCCUUUGUUACCGCCGGCAAUGUGAAAUUCAUUUUGAUGAGUUCUGCAAAAACGGAUGAAACAAAAGCGUUUUUCAAUGCGGUGUAUGAGCUUUAUGUUAAAAUAGUCUUAAAUCCGUUCUACGAAUUGCAAUCGCCGAUCGAGUCGGACACACUCACAGAAAAGAUUCAAGUGCUCCUCAAGACGAACAAACUGGAGUGA